AUGGAAGAUUUGAAGUCGGGUUUCGAAGAGGUGGAUGGCGUACGCCUGGGCUACCUGAUGAUCCGGGGCAAGCAGAUGUUCCCUCUCUCGCAGGUCUUCACAGAUCUUCUGAAGAACAUCCCGCGCACUACGGUGCACAAGCGCAUGGACCACCUGAAAGUCCAAAAGCACCAAUGCGACCUGGAGGAACUGCGGAAGCUCAAGUCCAUCAACUCCAUAGCGUUCCACGCCGCCAAAUGCACCCUUAUUUCCCGCGAGGACGUAGAAGCGCUUUAUACCUCGUGCAAGACCGAACGGGUCCUGAGAACCAAGCGUCGGGGAGGCGCCCAGCCUGGCCAGGGAACCCCGCGCCCCGACCCCUACGCGGCUUCUUGGAAAGGCGGCAGCAAAGUUUGCCUGAGCUUGAAAGAAGGGACUACAAGCCAAGCCAGCAGCAGAAAGAAAGCAGCCUGGCGCAAGGCGGCGGCCGCGGCGGCGGCCGCACAAGCGGGAGCUUUCCUACCGGCCUCGGAUCUACCUCAUUUUUGGAGCAAAUCCGCCGGGCGCAGUUUGCCAAGCUUUGCCCGAUCGCCUAGCGAUGAGGCUGUAAACUAUGAAACGGCCCAGUUUGGCCCCGGCUACGUCUCUCUGGCCACAGAACCCGCUUGUUUUCGGAGCCUACUCUGUUCCAAGCAUCCUCAUUACUACUACCAUUCCUCGGCCGCCAUUGCCACUCAGCCCAAGCUCGCCGCGGCGGCGGCCGCACAAGCGGGAGCUUUCCUACCGGCCUCGGAUCUACCUCAUUUUUGGAGCAAAUCCGCCGGGCGCAGUUUGCCAAGCUUUGCCCGAUCGCCUAGCGAUGAGGCUGUAAACUAUGAAACGGCCCAGUUUGGCCCCGGCUACGUCUCUCUGGCCACAGAACCCGCUUGUUUUCGGAGCCUACUCUGUUCCAAGCAUCCUCAUUACUACUACCAUUCCUCGGCCGCCAUUGCCACUCAGCCCAAGCUCGCCGCGGCGGCGGCGGCAGCAGCGGCGGCGGCAGCUGCAGCAGCAGCAGUCUCUAGAAACAAACCGCUGGGUCUGGGAUGCAGAACGAAGCGGAGAAAGAGCACCGAGAGGCGUUUCUCUGCCGGGUGCGGGCGGCGUGUGGUGAUCCUGCCCCGAGCUUGCAAGGCAGCUCGGAGCGCCGUGGCAGAGAGGCUGCCUGCACUGCGCGGCUUUCUGACCCCGCAGCCUGCCCCGGCUCUCCCGGAUCCUUACAGCAGCGACUCGGAAUCCAGCUCCUAUUCGAAUCACGCAGACAACGACUCCGACUUCUGCUCCAGCCUGAGCAGCACCAGCAAUUCCGGUUCUUCUGAGGAAGAAGAGGAGGAAGGCAGCUGCGCAUCGGAUUCCAGUGAGCUCAGCUCUGACGAGGAAGAGCAAGAAGAAGAAGACGAGGAGGAGGAGGAAGAGGAAGAAGAGACCAGCUCGGAAUCUGAUUCCAGCUCCGGGUCCAGCCACGUCUCGGUCCAGAGUAUCCGUUUCAGGCGCACUAGCUUCUGCAAAUCGCCCACCUUCCAGACUCCAGCCAGCCUCGUGCCCCAUCCGCCUCAAUUUGCUAGCCACGAGGAGCUUCCAGGUCCAGCGCAAUUCGUCAAAUGCGAAGCGUCGGAAGGACCUGAGGACUGGAAGAUCCCGUCUGGCUGGUUUUCAAAAGCUGAGCCGGACUUCGACUGCACCACUCAGCCUGCCGGCAGUGCGUAUUUAGGAUUGCUGGAACAGCCCACGGAAGGAGCCAGUGGCGGCGAGGGAAGACCCCUCUUGACUGGCGAGGACCACUCCACACUCGUGCCUGAGGUAAAGUCUCUUGACCUGCCUGGGGUCCCCUGGUUAGCCUGCGGUGACUCUUCUAGCUUAAAGCCAAACUACAUUUUGCCCCAAGCAAGAUUUUUCGGAGAGGGCCAGAUCUGUCAGCCUGCCCUUGCCUCUCACCCUCACCCUUUUCCUCUUUCUCCAACUGGGGCAGACAGCACCACUGCUGCCGUAACCCACCUGUCCAAGGAGCUUCUGGGAAAUGCCCAGUUCAAUGUGAGAUCAGCCACUUGCCAGGGAACUGCUGCUGUUGCAAGUCCAGAUCUCCAAAGCCAUGUCCAGCUCCUCCCUUUUGUGCCCAUUGCCCAGAUCAAAGUUGAGGACAGCAGUGCUAAUGCUGAGUAUGGCACUCUCCCAGUACAAAUCCCACUCAAAUGGGAAGAGAGUGACCCGGAGACCAAGGUGGAGGCAGACUGCCAGUCAUCACCACAGCCGGGCCCCACCCUGCAUCCUGGAACUCUUCUGCUGUCAACCAAGGCAGAUCCUACCUGCCUAGAGGACUGUCCUAGCCCUCCCAAGAGCACUCUGUGUCCAGCAUCUCUGAGCCGGACCCUUGCUGCAUGCACUUUAGGCACUGCUUCUGCUGCCAAACCUGAGGAUGGGGAUUACAAAUUUGGAGCCCGGGUGAGGAAGAACUACCGCACCUUGGUCCUGGGCAAAAGAGCCACCAUACCAAGCCCAGCACCACUCAAGCCAAAUUUGAAAUCAGCACGCAACCCCCGGCCACCUCCAGGGAAACUCCCAGAAGCUCAAGAAGGCGGCUUGGAUGACUUAACUGUUCUCAACCGACGCAAGAGGGUGGCCAGCAAUGUAACCUCCACCCUCAAGAGGCCAUUCAGUUUCAUGGCCAACUUUCCCUGCCCUCCAUCCUUGGUGGUUGGCCCAGAUGGAGAUCUCAUGCCAGCCUAUACCUUAAGCACCACCAAGAGUGCCCAACUACCACCCAAGGGCCAUCCUAUCUGGAAAUGGCAGCUGGGUGGGCCACCAAUACCUCUUCCCCCCAGCCACAAGUUCAGGAAACUGAACUAA